ACACUCUCUCACAAAAAGCUCCGCCAUCCUGAAGUCCCUUACUAUCUUCCUUGUAACCCUCCUCCCCGCCCUCUUUUCCAUGUCCUUUCUGACCAAGCUCCUGCGGCCCUUCAGCACAAUGUCCAACGCGCCCGCGCAGCCCAUGACCGUGCCCUCGGGCGCACACACCGCCACCCUCGCAGCGGGCUGUUUCUGGGGUGUUGAGCACAUGUACCGCAAAGAGUACAAGGACAAGGGUCUAUACGAUGCGCGCGUUGGUUACAUUGGUGGCGACACCGAGAACCCGGGAUAUAGAGCUGUGUGCAGUGGAAGGACCGGCCACGCCGAAGCACUACAAGUAAUAUACGACCCGACCAAAGUAACCUAUCGCUCGUUACUAGAAUUCUUCUACAAAAUGCACGAUCCCACAACGCCAAACCGUCAGGGUCCAGACGUUGGCACCCAAUACCGCUCAGCUAUCUUUUACCACGACGCCGAGCAAGAGAAAAUUGCGCGCGAUGUCACAGACAAAGUAAACAAGCAGUGGUGGAAGGGCGCCGUAGCAACAGAGAUUCUGCCUGCGGGCAAGUGGUGGGACGCUGAGGAGUAUCACCAACUAUACUUGGACCACAACCCAGGCGGUUACGAAUGCCCAAGUCACUUUUUGAGAAAAUUCCCGCCGCUUGAGGACUAGGAGGUGGGUCAAAUGGAAAUUAGAUACCAGAGGGGAAGAGGAGACUGCAGUAUCAUGAUACCUAUCUCAAUAUUCAAUAUAUCGUGUUUGCAACC